AUGUCUUCCAAAUCUAAAGAGUCCAAGUCUUCUGGUGGCUUUCACCAGGAUUACAUUGCAUCCCUUCGCUAUCGCAAUGACCUUCCUCCUCCCAACAUGCCGCCAAAGUUUCUCGAGAUUCCCCACUCGGGUCUAGAACGUUUCAUUACGCCAGAGUUUGGAGAAGAUCUUGCCGCUUAUGAGGAGCCAAAUAUUGAUGUUGAUGCCGAGGGUGGUAUGCCAAUUGACCUCGUCGGUAUCCCGGGUCUUCAUUUAGGCGAUGAGAGUGCUAUCAUGGCUCAGGAAUACCAAACGAACGCCGCUGAUUUGAUAGAUCCUGCCGAUUUGCCGCUGCUAAUGACACUCGACCAACUGCGCCACCCCGCGACGAAGCACUUGGAAGUCAGUUUCCUUCGUCGCGUACAGCAUGUUUCUUCCAAGGGCCAAGACUGGGGUGGCGGAGCCGCUCCCGCCAAAGCAAAGCCUAAGGCGACCAGGAAAGGAACAAAAAAUCCCCAAUUGGAGGACCCGAAAUACAUCAAAAAGUUCGUCCAGAAAGGAUUUGAUCUCGCAUACCCGAAAAAUAAGCACCUAGGGGAAGAUACAGAGAGCCAGAUUCGUGGUCUUCCUGUCACGAAAGCCGAGAAUGACGCAUGGGCUACUCCCAUACACCCCUCGAACUCAAGAUUGAAGCCGGUUGGCUUCUUCCCCGUCGUACCCGACUUGUCGUGCUUCACCGAUAUUGGUGGAUUCAUUCAAAUCAAAUUUGAUAAAGCACCAGCACCAGCUUUGAAUGGAAAGCGGGACAAGCGUAUGGACAUAGCUCUACUCGAACCACGUGCUCCUAGCGAACUCGCAUGCCAAGAACAUGCGUCUAAGGCGGCGCUUCACAAGUCCCGACCCAACACUUACCCCGACCCUGGUGCUCUUCCAUUUGACUACGAUCUUUACCUUCCCGAAAAGCCUGAGUAUGUGGAAAGACUUCGUACUAGCUUGGAUUCCAACAACCCGAAUCGUGAAGAUGAAUCGCUCUACACCCACAAAAACGCUGAAGGCAACAAAUGUCACCGCUACGAUCGUGUUCGCAGAUACGUUACUUCUUCGCAAACUGUCAGCACUGCUGAUAUAGCACACAAUGACGAGAAGAGAGGAAGAGAUUACGCAAUCACCUUCUACGAGUCGAAUAAUAACGACGACAAGCAAACCGCUGCCUACUUGUAUCCCAUCGUGCAAAAAGUUCGCGUGAAGCCCGAUCGAGUUGCUGCAGCUCCUGGAAUCCAAGAUCCCCAUAAGCUGCGAGAGGACAAGAAGAAAGCAGAAGGAGAAUGGAUCCACCAGAUCAAUCUUGUGAGUUGCGAGCCUACCCAGGAAGAGAUUCGCAAGCGCUUGGUGCAUCGCACAGAGUUUAUUCCAGAGGAAUGA